GUCGGGUCGCGCAACAUCUGCUGCUGUUGUUUGCUUUUCUUUUCAUCAUCUCUUCUCAGCACCCAGCUAGCUGCGUUUCAAGCCCACACCGACCCUCGUACCCAUGCACACGACCGGGCCCCUCUACCAGCAUCAUCGCCGAUACCCCUCGUCCUUCAUGAACCACACCCCCCGGCCCUACGAGACGAGCAGCACCAGCUCGUCCGCGCCCGGAGCCCCCGGGGCCGGGGCCGGGGCCGGGACCCACCGUGAGAGUGAGCGUGAGCGUCAUCCCCAGCCGCACCAGGACCAGGGCCUUCACCAGCUCUCUCUAGAAAAUCCGCCUUCGUCCACGCCGCCUUCGGAGCCUUGGUGGAACCUCCUGACGCCCGAUACCUUCUACCCACCGCCGCCCUGGUCACUUUCGGAAAUCGACGCUUCCGUGGUAGCGAAAGAAGCAUUGCUGAAGAACGGGGUAGGCGAAGAAAAAGACGCCAUUUGUACUGUUGUUCAGCAUCAUCGUCAUCCAGCUCUGGCCCGCCAUCUUAGUAGCGAUCUCAACAGCGCCGAAGACGCCAAAGCUUUGUUGAUGUUGAAAGAGACCACGACGGCUACCACCGCUUCCGCCUCCUCAUCCCGAAGUCGCACUAGCCUGGAUACUGUGCACCGUGAUCAACGCACUUCCACUGAGCAUCACCCACUCACGCGUGCUCGCCGCCGCUUCUCCUGGGACCAGCAGCAAGACACGUCGCCGCCGCGCCCAAGAAUGGUCAGCGCAGGUGUGCCGCGCACGCCAUACUCCCGUGUCCCCUCCGACAACCCUUUCGACCUGGCUUACUUUCUGCGCAACACGGCGCCAGGCUCGGCGCGCUAUGCGGACGCGAACAAGAAGCGGCGCGGUCGGCGGAGCGCGCUGCGUUUUUUGGGGUAUAAGGGGAGGAAGAGUCUUGCAGAGAGGGUGGGGACUGUGGAGGGAGGGUAUCCUGGGAAGCCGCCUUCGCCAGAGUUCUUUGUGCCAAGCCAGGGUGUUAUGCAGAAGGUUUCCAAAGAUGGCAAGAAAUACUUGCAGAUUGUACCUGAUCUCGGACUGUCGGACGAUACUUCGAUGACUUCUUGGGGCAACGAAAUUCACAAGCAAAAAUCAGUCGCAACGCUGCCAGACACGCUUGGUCCUCUGGCGACAGAUACGUUUGACAACUGGUUAUCGUCAUCGCUCGGCAUGGCGCAAGACCCAGCCUCAGAUCCUGUGAUCAGUGCCAUGGCCGAAGAGCCAAUAGCCAGCCCCGUAGGGCUUCGGAAAGGGAGUCUACCUCUACCAGAGCGGAAAACGAGCCUACCAGAAUACCGGCGGGUCAGCCUAGCAGAAGAUCCGAGACCUGCUCUGCGCAAAGUCAGCACCGUCAGCAGCAACAGCACCGGGACGGAGAUCAGGCGCAAGCCCGUCCCGGGUACCGAGCUUGGUCUUAGUAUCAUUGACAAGCCGGAUAUCAAGAAGUCGGCCUGCGCCGCGGCUACAGACGCAAAGGCUGCGCUGUUUAGUAACCCACCGUCGAACUUGCCAUCGCCAGCGGUUGGGGCGUCUGAACCUUUGCCUCGUCUUUCGAACGAGCAGGCCACGGCUGGCGCCCUCAAGGAAGAAGACUUGUCCUGCGACCGUUCCGGCUCAGCCGAAGACUCGAGUACUGAGCAGCAGCGGCUCGCGGGGCUGGGGCUACGGCGGCCUUCUUCUUGCAAAGAGCAACAAAGCAGAGCGGCGUCUCCAAACGAGAUGCAGCAGUCGAAGCAAGCAUCAAGCACGGUCACAGAGACGGAAGACGAAGCAACAGCGCACCACAACCGCGUCGACUCCCUGCUCGAUCGCCCAGACUCGGCGACUUCUUCGUCUUCCCCGCCCAGCCGCGACCGACCAAGACAUGGCGCGCGCCAGGUGACGAGGCACCGCACGCGGGAAGACAAGAUCCGCGCGAGGAAGCUGCGCGACUUGCAGCGCGAGCGGCAUGGCAUUGAUGAGAUUGUCUCGCAACCGCUGGUGGAGGAGACGUCGAGCGCGGACAUUGGCAGGCGGUCUUCGUCGCGCGACCAGCUCGAGCGGGCUAAGCUGCUGAGGCGCAGGAAAGAAGACGGCCAGGGCCAGGCUUCUAUCGUGACCAUUACCCGCCCAGUGUCGACGGCACUGCUGCUCCCAAGCGACGAAGACAAACUCUCAUCCCCAGCCUCGGGCACAAACACGGCCAUCUCCCUCUCCCCCGUCCACACCCUCUUGGACAACCCCCCCUCCCCCCUCCCCAAGAAGCCUACCAAGGCGAAGCCCGCGCGCCUCGUGCUGCGCGAGCGGCAUCCGUCUUACUCGCGCCCCCUCCCCAUCGCGGUGCGCACGGCCUCGGACAUGAUGCCCGUGGCUGCCGAGCCGGCGGAGAGGGAGGAUAGAGAUGAGUUUCUUGUGCGUUCGGGGGGGUCGUAUCACUCGCAGGGGCACGCACACGCGCGGCGCGCGUCGUCGCUCAAGUUUGUGCCGGGUGGGGAGCAGCAGCGCGUCUCGCACGACACGCUGCGCACGCCGUCGGCCAUGUCGGUGACGUCGGCCGCGGCGGGGUCGGUGGUGGGGCAGCCCGCGGCGUCGCAGGGUGGCGGUGGUAGGGACAGAGCGGGCGAGAUGGAGGCGCGGGUCGAGGAGCUCGAGCGCCAGAACAGGCUGCUGGAGGCGGCGCUGCAGGCGGUGCUGAAGGCGGGGGGCGUGGUGCAGGGCCGGUGCGCGUGCGGGCAGGCCGUCGUGGGGCAGCAGGCGAGCGCGCUGGACGUGUAUUUGAAUGCGAGGAUGGGCGGGGAGGGCAGUUGAGGUUGGAUGGGUUAUUGGAUGGGUUAAUGGGCCGUUGUCGUAUUUCUCGUGCUGCUGCUGACACU